AUCGGCCAUUUCGACCGAGCGGCCGAUCAGCAGCAGCAGCUCAGCGGAGGAGCAGCGCAGCGCAGGCCGGACUCAGCACCAUCAGCACCGGGGAGCAGACCUGAGGGUACCGCGCCAUGAGUGAGACAGCCAUCUCGUUCGCCAAGGACUUCUUGGCCGGAGGAAUCGCCGCAGCCAUCUCUAAAACAGCCGUCGCUCCCAUCGAGAGAGUGAAGCUGCUGCUGCAGGUCCAGCAUGCCAGCAAGCAGAUCACCGCCGACAUGCAGUACAAGGGCAUCAUGGACUGCGUGGUCCGUAUCCCUAAAGAGCAGGGCUUCCUGUCCUUCUGGAGAGGCAACCUGGCCAACGUCAUCAGAUACUUCCCCACCCAGGCCCUGAACUUCGCCUUCAAGGACAAGUACAAGAAGGUCUUCCUGGACGGUGUGGACAAGCGCACGCAGUUCUGGAGGUACUUCGCCGGGAACCUGGCGUCUGGCGGCGCCGCCGGAGCCACCUCACUGUGCUUCGUCUACCCGCUGGACUUCGCCAGAACCCGCCUGGCCGCCGACGUGGGCAAAGCCGGCGCCGAGAGGGAGUUCUCCGGCCUGGGGAACUGUCUGGCGAAGAUCUUCAAGUCCGACGGGCUGAAGGGACUGUACCAGGGCUUCAACGUGUCCGUGCAGGGCAUCAUCAUCUACAGAGCCGCAUACUUCGGCAUCUACGACACCGCUAAGGGCAUGCUGCCCGACCCUAAGAACACCCACAUCAUUGUGAGCUGGAUGAUCGCUCAGACCGUCACCGCUGUGGCCGGUCUCACGUCGUACCCCUUCGACACAGUCCGGCGUCGUAUGAUGAUGCAGUCCGGCCGCAAAGGAGCCGAUAUCAUGUACACCGGCACCAUCGACUGCUGGAAGAAGAUCGCGAGGGAUGAGGGCGGCAAGGCCUUCUUUAAGGGCGCCUGGUCCAACGUUCUCCGAGGAAUGGGCGGAGCCUUCGUGCUCGUCCUGUACGACGAACUGAAGAAAGUCAUCUAAAGCUGCUCGCACUCGUUUAUUUCUCCUCCCUCCUUUUCUUUUUCUUUUUUUUAACAACCUUCACCUUCAAACACACAAAAAAAGAGAAAAAUGGAGAAAAGCUGAAAGUUGAAGUUGAAAGCUGUAUUAUUACUAUAUUAUUAUAUUAUCAUUAUAAUUAUUUGGCUGGACUCUUCUGCCUUAUUUUUGGGGCCCAAACUAGUAGCACCUACUGGUUACUAAUGGAGAGAUGGAAUAUAAAUAUAUUUAAACCUCUUCUGAAUUCUCCCGCCGCUCGUCUCGGUCAUUCCUGCUCACGUUUAAAACCCAGAACCUGUUCCACCUGUUCUGCCGUCGGUCUGUUUUUAACCACCACUUGAAUAAAUUCAACCUACUGAACAAACCUA